AUACACGCUUGAUAUUCUUACCUCCAUUCUCAUUACUAAGAUAUAUAUAAUGGAUGCACAACCUCCUUACGUUUACGAUACAAUCCCACCAAAUCAAAUCCGGCUUUUGAGGUUCAUACCAAGUGAGAAUGGAAUAGCCCUCAUACUGGAACCUUUCUCUUUGGAUGAGCCGAUCCCCUCAUAUCGUUGCCUUUCCUACACAUGGGCCUGCCCCGACAGGGGCAUGCAGAAAACCUGGAGUGUGAAAGUAGGACCAGGGCAUGUUCGAGUCCUUGAUUCGCUCCAGUCCUUCAUUGAGGUACUGAGGCUUAAGGGCAAACUGUUCGAGGGUAGGUGGUGGAUUGAUUUCCUAUGCAUCAACCAAGCCAAUCUGGAAGAACGAGGUCAACAAGUCAGACACAUGAAGGAAAUCUAUCACAACGCUGAAGAGGUGAUCGUCUGGCUAGGAGAAGCGUCGAAUGAUAGCAGCCUCGCCGUCGACUUCAUCAAAAUGCACGACAAGUUCGAACAAGAGGGCAACGGUAUUGAGCAGAUUCGUAAAGCGUUCAAUGGAGUGGAUGAAUACACGGCACACUGGACAGCGCUAUCCAACUUUCUCUCCCGCAAAUGGUGGUCGAGAAUCUGGACAAUACAAGAGUUUGCAGUGCCGUUGAACAUCAUCUUUUGGGUCGGUCUAGAGGAGGUUAGCAAGCCUGCUGUAUGCCGAAGUAUCUUCAUUGCAGACAAAUGCACUCAGUCGGGCAUCAAAGAAACCAUUGCCUUUCGCUACGGCUUUAAUCGGAAAAGAGCUUGGGACCUGUACAGGGCUAAUAUGCAAGGUGUCAGUUCGAGUCGGACUCUGCUGGCGCUCACUGCCUACUUCUGCUUCAUGGAUGCAACCGACGAUCGUGAUCGUUUGUAUGGCCUCAUGGCCCUGUCGACUGACGGUAAUACGCUUUUGGACGUCAAUUACUCUCUCAGCUGCGAAGAGGUAUACAUGCAAUUCGCAAAGGCUUUCAUCACCAAACACAAAUCCCUCGAUAUCAUAUGCUUCGCUGGAAUAUACAGCCCGGCAUCUGGUUCUGCGCUGCCAUCUUGGGUACCUGACUGGCAUUGGAGAAAUGCAUUUCAUGUAACUCCUUUGAUGGUCAGCCAGUCUCACAACAGCCAAAUUGGAAAUCUUCGCGCUGCCCACUUCAUUACAGAUGAACCCUGUGUCUACUACGCGGCGUCAGGCAACAGACUUCCUGCGUAUGAGUUCCAAGGCUCAAAGUUAUGCGUGCGAGGAGUUAUUGUGGACACCAUUGAUGGAAUAGGUGGCUCUGCCAAUGCAGCAUUUGUCCAAAGUUCAAACAAUUCCAUCCAAACAUCAGAAAAAACCGCAAAGCCGCUGUCAUCAACUGACAUACUGAAGAGCGUAUGCAAAGCCUUAGUGUGGGACCGCAAAGAUCGCUUCUUGAAGUUCGAAAUGCCUACUGAAGAGUUCUUCUAUGACUUCAUACGCCUCAGCGCACCGCUCACAGACCCCAAAUCACAAUCAGCCAUCCUUCCUGAAUUAAAGGAAUGGUUCAAGCGGACAGCUUCUCUUCAAAUUUGCGGAAGAUCCCUUGAAAGCAUUCUACGUGACAGUAGCCAAACAGGUGUCGACUUCUCUGGUCCGCCUCCAAACGAUGACGAAUACACUCAAGACUCCUUUAUUGGAAGGUUUUUCGAUACAAUCAUCAGACUCUCCACGCGUCUUACUACAACAAACUCUGGCCGCAUUGGCAUGGUUGGAGAGAAAGCGAUGAAGGGUGAUCUGGUCUGUAUUCUCUAUGGCUGUAGCGUUCCUGUCCUGCUACGAAAGCUUGGUGACAGCGAUGAUUUCAUUUUUGUGGGUGAAUGUUUCCUUGAUGGCUGUAUGGAUGGCUCUAUUCUGGAGCAGGAAGAACUCGCAGAAAAGACAUUCUGCAUACAAUAACAAGGUCAUCUGAUAGGUGUGGAAGUCCGUAGCGAUGUUUCAGACUAUUUAUUUGUUUAUCAUCUUUUGAAUUGAUCCUCGAUGGCGUACAUAG